AUGGUCGAAAUUUUGUAUUUUGGCCUGAAAAAGGAGUACGCGUAUGGAUUGUCCGCCAUCUCCUAUCACCCAGACCCUGCAUCCAAGCGGGACAUUGGAAGCCAACGUGACAAGAAGUCACAGGUUCAAAACUCAACCACCCCUCAAAUUCAAGUGGAAUUUUUCGCACUAGAUACCAUCCCCACUGAUGAAAAAGUUUUUAUAGGUGGAGACUUCAGUGGACAAAAAGUUUUAGUCACAGAAACAAAGGAGGAGGCUAAUAGUAAAUUGGAAGAGUGGAGGGAAGCCUUGAAGGGUAAGGGGUUGCGCGUAAGCCAUACGAAGACAGAAUACUUGCGAUGCAAUUUCAAUGGGACAGAAUCGAUAGGGGAGCCAAAAGUGACCAUAAGGGGAGAAGUUGUUGCAUGCACGUCCAAAAUGUUGGCCCGUAAAGAAGGUUUUCGAACAUCAGAUAAAAGUAACAUAAAUGUGUAUACUAAGUUGGAUUGUGGUAAUACUAUGAUGGAUAGGAUAAGAAAUCAGGAAUUCAGGAAGAAGUUAGGGGUUGCACCUUUCUCCGCAAAUAUGCGAGUGAACAGGUUGAGAUGUUUUGGGCAUGUGCAGAGAAAGACACAUGACACCCCAGUUAGAAGGAUCGAAUGCAUCAUAGUGGAGGGCAAGAGCAGUCGAAGAGGACCUUGGUUAACGUGGGAGGAAGAGAUUAAAAGUGACAUGCAUGAUCUUCACCACUCCAAGGACCUGACCAAGUACAAGGGCUGUUGGCGGCGCCUUAUCCACGUCUUAGAUUACUAA